AUGAAGAAAGCAUGGAGACCCAGGGGUUUAAGUCGGCCUAUUGGCACGGCUCACAGACGACCCCUCGCCUCACGUCUUCAGCGGAGUAAUUUCGCCACAGUAGCUCAAGAUGCGAGACCGUUUGAUGUUAUCGUAAUAGGCGGUGGUCAUGCCGGAUGCGAAGCAAGCGCUGCAGCCGCUCGAUCUGGCGCACGAACAGCUCUAGUAACACCCAAACUUGACAACCUCGGAGUCUGUUCGUGUAAUCCUAGUUUCGGUGGAAUUGGGAAGGGAACAAUAAUACGUGAAAUCGAUGCCUUAGAUGGAGUUGCGGGGCGAAUCAUCGACAAGGCCGGUGUCCAGUUCAAGAUCCUGAACCGGAGAAAAGGCCCUGCCGUCUGGGGUCCCCGCGCUCAAAUCGACCGAGCGCUAUAUAAAAAGCACAUGCGCGAGGAGCUACAAUCAUACCCCAACCUGUCUAUCAUAACAAACACCGUAUCAGACAUUGUCUUAGGCGAGAAAGUAGUCGAUCCUGCUAGCGGUCCGUCUAAGAGCAAGAUCACGGGCGUACGCCUCGAAUCCGGCGAGGUAUUACCAACCAGCGCAGUAAUCAUCACCACGGGAACCUUCCUAAGCGGAGAGAUACAUAUCGGCCUCGACGUCUUCCCGUCAGGGCGAAUAGGAGAGAAAGCGACUUUCGGGCUAAGCAAGUCCCUAAGAGAAGCCGGUUUCAAGCUCGGCAGACUAAAGACAGGCACGCCCCCACGACUACACAGGGGAAGCAUAAACUUCAAGAUCCUAGAAGAGCAACUCGGCGACGAUCCCCCCGAACCAUUCAGCUACCUAAACGACCGCGUAGCGGUCCAAGAGCAACUCCUCUGCCACGCGACCUACACGAACGACAAAUCCCACGACGUGGCGCGCGCCAAUUUCGACAAGACGGUGCAUAUCCGGGAGACAGUGCGAGGGCCGCGGUACUGUCCGUCGCUAGAGUCGAAGAUCAUCAAGUUCGGGCACAAGGAGCAGCACAUCGUGUGGCUCGAGCCCGAGGGUUUCAACAACGACACGAUCUACCCGAACGGGCUAUCGAUGACGAUCCCCGCCGAAGCGCAAGAGCAGCUGCUCCGCACGAUCCGCGGGCUCGAGAACGUGCAGAUGACGCAGCCUGGGUACGGUGUCGAGUACGACUACGUCGAUCCGCGGGGGUUAAAGUCCACCCUCGAGACGAAGGCGAUCGAUGGGUUGUUCCUCGCCGGCCAGAUCAAUGGGACGACGGGGUACGAGGAGGCGGCUGGUCAGGGGAUCGUCGCGGGGAUUAAUGCGGGGAGGAGCGCGCGGGGGUUGGAGUGUGUGCAGAUUACGCGCGCGGACGGGUACAUCGGGAUCAUGAUCGACGACCUCAUCACGAAGGGCGUGUCGGAGCCGUACCGCAUGUUCACGAGCCGUAGCGAGUACCGCAUGAGCACGCGCGCGGACAACGCCGACUUGCGGCUUACGGAGAUGGGCCGCGGUUGGGGUGUUGUGGGGGAUAUACGGUGGAGUAGGUUCACGGAUGAUAAAGCCAGAAUGGGCGAUCUCACGCGGAAGUUAAAAGAGUGUGUGCGUAGCGCCCCGGCGUGGAAUGCGGCUGGGUUCGCGAAUCGAGUCGAUAGCAAGGUCCGGUGCGCGCUGGAUAUCCUGCGCCUGCCGAACGUCAAAGUCGACGAUCUGCUCCUCGAAGUCCCGGAUAUAGCGCAGUACCCCCCACGCAUCCGGACGCGCGUCGAGAUCGAGACGCGGUACGCGCCGUACGUCAACAUGCAGGCCGCGGAGCGGGAAGCGUUUUUGCGGGAUGAGGGGUUACGGCUUCCGACUGAUCUCGAUUACGAUACUGUGUUUGGGCUUAGUUUUCAUGAGAGGGUCGCGCUGCAGGAGGCUAAGCCUGAGAGUAUUGGGCAGGCGAGACGGAUCGAGGGGGUUACGCCUGCGGGAGCGGUGAGGUUGCUUGCGUUUGUGCAGAGGGGUUUGCAUGGGAGGGGGAUGGCGGAGGUGGAGGGGGAGAUGGCGCCGCUUGCGGGGGAGGUUGAUGGGUUGGAUGCUGAGGCGAGGAAGGGGGAGUUGUGA